AUGGAACCAGAGCCGUCCCCUGCCGCUCUCCUCGAGGCUAUCACAGCCCUCACAGCCACAGUCGGGUCCCUGCAGGACCAAAUCCGUGCCCAAAGCCAGCAAAUCACCAAGCUUAGGGCCAUAUGCAAGGAGACCGCGGACCUCCUCGGGGAUAAGGAUCAAGGAGCCCCCCAAACCAAGCCUGGCCCAUCGACUGGGCCUAUCACCCCUCCUACACACCCAGGAGGGGAAGUCCACACUCCAGGCACGGUUAGGCCUGGACUCAAGGCCCCGUUCCGCCCCUCUAGAGGAACGGGUUAUGAUUCAGAAGAGGAAGAAGAACCCAGGAGGGUCCCAAAAAAGGAGCCUUGCGGAACGCCUAGGAGCCUAAGCUCCCUUACUCCCUUUGAUUCAGGGUCCAGCAUAAAGCGACCCAAAAUGGAUCUCCCUGAUCCAUACAAGGGAGAUUCCAGGGGAAGAAAGGCAACCCAGUGGCUAGAUUGCAUGCUACUUUGGGUUGCGCUCCAUCGAGACCAAUUCGAUGAAGAGGAGCAGAUGGUUGUGUGGAUACUAUACCACAUGACAGACAAGGCGGCCGACUGGGCACUCCCCCUCAUUGGGGCUAUUAUCAAGGGCAAGGGCAACCCCCCAUCCACCAUCUCGGCCCUAACGGCCAAAUUUAAGGAGGCCUUUGAUGACCCCGAUGCCAAAAGGGCUGCUGCCAGAAAAAUUGCGGCUCUCUCCCAAACCACCACAACCUCCGAGUACGUCACGGAGUUCCGCAAUCUCAUGGCGGAAUUAGACUGGAACGAGGAAGCCUAUAUUGCGCAGUUCACGCGAGGCCUCCACUGGAAGGUUAAAGAGUUGCUAUCAACCAAGGAUAGCGUCCCUGACAAACUCGAGGCAAUCUUUGCGGCCUCAAUUAAAAUUGACAACAUACGCCGCGAAAAUGAGGAGAACCGCCCCAAAAAGGCACCAGCCAAGUCCCCGGCCACCGUGGCCACCUCCACUACUACCACCAGGGUCCGCCUGUCCAAGGAUCCCAAUUAUGUCACCCCGGAGGAACGGGACCGUCGCCGCGCAUCAGGACUUUGUGUCAAGUGCGGUCAGAAGGGGCACGGGAUCAAACAAUGCCCCAAUGGCUGGAAGGCCACCAUCAAGGAGGUAGCUAAGGUUGCCAAGGAAGAAGGGUCGGGAAAAGACUAA